GUCAAUUACGCCCGUAUGUUAAUUUUGCACUUCUUUUCUACAAAAACGCCGAAAUGCGACCUUGAUGGAUAAGACACGCGUCAAGCCGUCACACUCCAUUAAUCCCGAUGGGAAUUGAUCGGUUGAUUAAGAUGAUCGAGGGGCUCUAAUGGAUGUCAAAAACGGGGCAUCGAGAUGUGUGUUUUGCAAUCGGCUCACCUUGGAAGGGGUUGCAGGCCCCUUCUUCCAACCACUACCCAUAUAAAUAUCGCCAAAAUGACGACACCUGACAUACACACAACCAACAAUCAACAAUACCAAACAUGAGGCUUUUGACUGUCUUCCUUGUCAUCUUCACCGUCGCCGUCCUGGCUCAAGAAGAAGUCAAAAAGACGACGAAAAGAGGAGCGGUGGGUUAUGGAUACGGAUAUGGCGGCUACGGACUCGGGGGAUAUGGGAGCUAUUAUGGUGGCGGCUAUCCAUACUACUCGUCGUACUACAGCCCCGUUGUUACUAAAGUGAGCUACGGAGUCGGACACGGGUAUUACGGGGGCUAUUAUCCGUACUACAGCGGUUAUCACGGUUACGGCGGUUAUGGCGGUUACGGUGGUUACUACGAUUGGUGAUUUUUGUGUAUUUGCAAGUGAUUAAUAAAUAUUUAAUUGUGACUA